AUGAAACAACACUACUUCCUCCUCCUUUCCCUGCUCUCUCUCCUCUUCCUCUCGGCUUGUUUCUCUGCCUUGGCCACUUCUCGGCCGCCGGUAGCCCUGGGUGGGCGCUGGACCCACAUCAAGGACGCCCAUAAAAACCUCCGUGCCGUGGCGACAGGGGAAUUCGCCGUUAAAGAGUACAACAAGCAAUCCGGGACGAACCUGACGUUUGUACAGGUUGUGAAGGGUGACACGCAGGUUGUUGACGGCACCAACUUCCGCCUUGUGUUGGCCGUGGAGGACGAGAAAAGCAAGAAGAUGGAUUAUGAAGCUGUUGUGUGGGAAGACAUCCAUAGGCGUUACAGGAACCUCACUUCCUUCAGAGCUCUUCUCCAGUAG